UGUCGCCACCCAAUAGCAACGUGCAACGAGACGUUGGGCGGUGGGAUUAAAUGUAGUCCUCCCUCUCGCCCCAUGUGCAUCAUCUCCAUUUCCAUCCGCUUUGGUUUGCCGCUUUCUUUGUUUACUUUGAAACGAAAGCUUCCACAAAUUCUGAAGACACCUUGCCGCUGUUUCGCAACUUCUGCCGCGCGUAUAAGCGACUCUUACAGUUCAUCUGCAGUGACUGCAAGGAGAGAGCGACUUCUUUUCUCUGGAGAUAGAGAGGAAUGGAGUUCCUUAAGCUGGGAAUGUUGAUCAUGGCCGUCGUAGUUGCCGCCGUUGCGUUGCUCUCGUUCCCUUCACUUGAGCGUCCAUGGACACUAGACAAACUGUUGAGCGGGGCAGAUUCUCAGUUUGCAGAUUUGGUCUUGACGGACGCACUCAUCUACACAAGCGACCACUCCACCCCAUUCGCCGAGGCCAUGGCUAUUCGAGGGGAGAGAAUUUUGCAAGUGGGGAAUUUCUCAUCAAUUCAGGGCUUGAUAGGACGAAAGACGCAGGUGCUGAAUCUUAAAGGAAAGGUGGUUCUUCCAGGAUUUAUUGAAUCCCAUGUACACUUGAUUUCGGGAGGUUUACAGAUGGUACAGGUUGAACUUAAUGGUGUGAAAGACAAACAUGAGUUUGUACAGAAAGUCAUGAAAGCGGCAAGAGGCAUUGAGAAGGGUUCAUGGAUAUUGGGUGGUGGAUGGAACAAUGAUUUGUGGGGUGGUGAUAUGCCUGUUGCAUCGUGGAUAGAUGACAUAACACCUGACAACCCGGUUUGGUUGUCAAGAGUAGACGGUCAUAUGGGUUUGGCAAAUUCUUUCGCCCUAAGAGAGGCUGGAAUUACUAAAAGUACACCGGAACCUGUUGGUGGAAACAUCAUGAGAUCUUCCAGUGGAGAACCUACGGGCUUGCUCAUUGAUUCUGCAAUGGAGCUUAUGUUGCCAUUGAUUCCCAAGGCUUCAACCCAUGAGAGGAGGAAUGCCAUGGUAAGGGCAAGUAAAUAUGCACUAUUGAAGGGGGUCACUACUGUUGUGGAUGUUGGGAGAUAUUUUCCUGGAGCACCUGGUGAUCUUGUUUGGGAAGAUUUUAGAGAUGUCUAUGAGUGGGCCUAUUCCACAGGGCAAAUGCAUAUUCGAGUUUGUUUGUUCUUCCCAUUGGAGACAUGGACACGUUUAGUUGAGCUCAUGAAGAAUGUAGGUCGAGCCUUGGGCAACUGGAUUUUCCUAGGGGGUCUUAAAACUUUUGCAGAUGGAUCAUUAGGAUCCAGUAGUGCACUUCUAUAUAAGCCUUAUCUGGAUGAGCCCAACAAUUUUGGCCUUGAAGUGACAGAUCAUAACUGGAUCUUGAAUAACACAAUUGAAGCAGAUAAACUUGGAGUUCAGAUUGCUGUGCAUGCAAUUGGAGACAAAGCAAAUGACUUGAUGCUUGAACUGAACAAGGUUCUAGUUUCCACCAAUGGAGUCCGUGAUAGAAGAUUCAGGAUUGAGCAUGCCCAGCAUUUGGUGCCUGAAGCUACAAUAUGUUUUGGUGAACAAAGUGUGAUUGCUUCUGUACAGCCACAGCACCUCUUGGAUGAUGCUGAUGCCGCUAUAAAGAAGCUUGGUCAUGAUAGAGCUCUAAAGGAGUCUUACUUAUUUCAGUCACUUCUCAAAAGCAACGCUAGACUAGCAUUUGGAUCUGAUUGGCCAGUGAGCUUGGCUUUAAAUUUCUCUUUUGAAUUUGCACAGUACAACCCCAAAAUGCUAAAAAUCUACCCUUUCAUUACUCACAACCUAACUUCUUAUGUAUGUGCUUUUCAGGUUGCAGACAUCAAUCCUUUAGGAGCAAUCAAAGCGGCAGUAAGCAGAACACCCCCCAGUUGGAGUCAUGCUUGGAAUCCUUCUGAAUGCUUGACAAUAAAUGAUGCAUUAAAUGCGUCCACCAUUUCUGCUGCUUAUGCAUGCUUCUUGGAUGAUCAGAUUGGCUCACUUUCUCCAGGAAAACUCGCAGAUUUUGUUGUUCUGUCUACCAAUUCGUGGAGAGACUUUGCUGAAGAAGUAUCUGCUUCUGUUGUUAGUACAUAUGUCGGGGGAAAGCUGGUCUAUUCUGAAGAUUGGGCUGGAUUCUAUUCAGCAUAAGGAUUGAAUUUUGUUGUACAUUUAUUGUUUUUCAUUUAUGAUGCUAGCGAUAAUUAUUUUAUACACUCAGAAGGUGAUUCUAUAAAUUGUCAAACAUUAGGCAGUUCUUUUCAAUAAUAAAAAUUUGAGUUUUUUUUCUUUGUAA